AUGGUCACAUCUUGGAUCCUUAACUCCAUCUCUAAAGAGUUGGUUGAUGGCUUCAUAUACACUGCCUCUGCCAGAGAUCUCUGGUUAGAGAUCUGUGAGAGAUUCGGAGAGUGUAACAGACCUAUGAUCUAUGAAUUGCAUAGGAAGAUCUCUCUUAUAUCUCAGGAAAAUGCAUCUGUGUCUGUCUACUUCACUAAGUUGAAGAGGUUAUGGGAUGAACUUAGGUAUGUAGAAACGCUCCCAACCUGUAUCUGUGGAGCAUCUAGGGCUAUAGCUGACGUAACAAAUAGAAAUAGGCUCAUGCAAUUCCUGAUGGGUCUGAACGAGGUCUUUGGGUCUGUAAGGGAACAAGUGUUAGGGAUGGACCCUCUGCCAACAGUAAACAAAGCUUACUCUAUGGUUGUGAAGUUUGAGUCUCAAAGGGAAAUCUUAGGAGCAAUGAAUGACAACACUGAAUCCCUUGCCCUAUUAAAUAAAACUCAAUAUCAAAACCUGAACAGACCAAGAAGGUCUGAGAAUAAGAAGGGGCAUUGCACCUUCUGUAACAUGAAUGGUCACACUCGGGAAGGGUGUUUCAAGUUGAUUGGCUACCCUGAUUGGUUCAAGGGUAAGAACAAGGUUGGAACACAACCAGUUAAGGAUUUUAGAAACACCAAAAUUAUGGCUGCUAUUGAUGGAAAUAAGCCAGAAGAGGACAGUCCUCUAGAAUGUCUGGACACAUCCAAUAGAAUUCUUGAAUUGUCUUCUAUGCUGAGCUCCCUGAAACAAGAAGUCUCCCAACUUACAAAGGGGAAAGGAAUUCUUGGCCCAAGCACAUCUCAUGGGCCAGGACCACACUUCAUGGACUUUGCAGAUGGAAAAACAACUCAGGUUUCUCAAUCUGGAAAGCUAAAUCUUUUUGGGAAGUUAAUUCUAGAUGAUGUCUUAUAUGUGCCUCAUUUUCAGUAUAAUCUUAUCUCUGACCCACUGAAUAAGAAGGUGGUGACCAUAGGCAAGAAACAAAGAGGUCUUUUCAGAAUAAACCAGAUGAGCUUUUCUUAUUCUGAUAUAAGACAUUGCUUACUUGAGAUCAUGAAAUCUAAUGCUGAAAACCAAUUUGAUACUGUCAUUAAGGUUAUCAGAACUGAUAAUGGGAAAGAAUUUCUAAGUCACAAUUAUAGAUCUUUGCUUAUGAACAAAGGGAUAAUACACCAAAGAUCCUGCCCAUACACCCCACAACAAAAUGGGGUUGUGGAGAGGAAACAUAGACACAUUCUUGACACUGCCAGAGCACUGAAAAUGCAAUCAAAUGUUCCCAUUGAAUUCUGGUUAGAAUGCAUUCUUACUGCCACUUACCUAAUAAAUAGAAUGCCCAUGGAACACUUUGAUUGGACCACUCCCUAUGAGAGGCUCUAUGGGAGGUCACCUAACUAUUCUCAUUUGAGAAAGUUUGGUUGUCUGUGUUUUGCAACCUCUGUGAGAACACAAAAGGAUAAAUUCCAAGAAAGACCUGUUAAAGCUGUAAUGGUAGGCUAUGCUAACACACACAAAGCCUAUAAAUUGUAUAACAUGAAUGAUAAGUCCUUCUUUGUGAGUAGGGAUGUCAUUUUCCAUGAAAAUUUUUUUUCCCUUUCAAGGGACUGA